AUGCCACCAAUUCGCUCUAAAGAUGCUAGGAACUCUAUAGAGAUAGAGGGAAGACUUGAACUCGCGAUAAAUGCUAUUAAAAAGCAGGAAAUAUCCUCUAUUUCUGAAGCUGCACGCAUCUUUAAUGUGCCACGCUCUACACUUGGUCAUAGACUCAGUGGUCGAUCUUCACGGGUGAAUUUACGCGCAAAUUCACAUAAAUUAACUCCUGCUGAAGAGGAUAAGCUUGUUCAAUGGAUCCUAGACCUAGCUUUACGAGGACUACCACCCCGGCCUGCAUUUGUGGAGAAUAUGGCUAAUCAUCUUCUUGCCAUACGGAAGCCUAGCCAUACAAACCACCCUCCUCGCGUUGGCAAGAACUGGGUGUCAAAUCUAGUGGCACGCCGUCCAGAGCUCCAAUGCCGCUUCUCAAGACGCUAUAACCAUGAUCGGGCCAAGUGUGAAGACCGCAGGAUUGUGGAGGGUUGGUUUAAGACCCUAGAGAGGCCUGGGAAUCGUGAGUGGGUGACUGCAAUUGAGUCAGUCAACGCGUUCAGGAUGGGGCCCCUCCCGCCGUAUAUUAUCCUCAAAGGUCACAAUAUUCAGGAAGGCUGGUUUGACGGGCUGCCCGAAGGGCUGGAGAUUGGAUGGUUGGAACCCCAUAUUCUUCUUAUUCUAGACGAGCACGGCAGUCAUCUUACUCCGGAAUUUGACCAAAUCUGCAGUGAGAAUAAGAUUAUUCCUCUCUGCAUGCCACCACAUUCUUCACACCUUUUGCAGCCACUAGAUGUGGGUGUUUUUGCACCUUUAAAGCGCGCGUACGGAACCCUAGUUGAACAGCGAAUGCGGCUAGGAUUCAACACCAUUAAGAAGGCAGAUUUCCUAGAUGCCUAUCCUGCAGCACGUCGGGAAGCCUUCAAGGCUUCAAACAUUCAAAGUGGGUUCAGGGCCACUGGAAUAGUUCCAUUGGAUCCUCAAUGCGUUGUUCAGCAGCUGAAUAUUCAACUCCGAACCCCUACUCCCCCAGCCAGCAGGUCAAGCAAUUCAACGUCAUCCUGGAUCCUACAAACACCUAGUAACCCCCGGCAAUUGCAGAAGCAGGUGAAUAAGGUCAGAAAUCUUAUGGAUCAGGAUCAACCUCAUGGGUUAGUGGAAGGCUUUGACCAAAUAAUCAAGGCCUGCGAAUACGGGAUGGUCAGCGCCAUGGUUAUGAAGAAGCAGUAUGAGGAUAUUUUCAAUGCAAAUGAGAAAGAGAAGCAAAAACGCAAGAGGUCUACACGCAGGAUCCCAAGUGCAGGGGGUCUAACUAGGAAUGAAGCUCAGAAUCUUAUUAUUCCUGCAGCUGAGCCUGUUGAACAGCCUGUUAUUCAACAUUCCGUACCUGCGGCCCCGGAGCCUAGACCCCGCAUACGAGCGCCACAACGCUGCAGCAAUUGCAAUACUGUUGGGCAUACAAGAAUAAGAUGUCCUCAACUUCAUGUAAUUUAA